CGCCCCGCCUGCCCGGCGCCCAGGCGGCCGCGAUGAGGGUCAACGAGAAGUACUCGACGCUCCCGGCGGAGGACCGCAGCGUCCACAUCAUCAACAUCUGCGCCAUCGAGGACAUCGGCUACCUGCCGUCCGAGGGCACGCUACUGAACUCGCUUUCUGUGGACCCCGACGCCGAGUGCAAACACGGCCUCUACUUCCGGGACGGCAGGCGCAAGGUGGACUACGUCCUGGUGUACCAUCCCAAGAGGCCCUCGGGCGGCAGGACCCUGGCCAGGAGGGUGCAGCACGGCGAUGUCACCCCGGCCGCCCGCGGCGCCCGCCAGGACCAGCCCCUGCCCGGCAAGGGGAGCGUGGGGGCGGCAGGGGGCCCCGAGCCCCCGAUGGACUACCACGAGGACGACAAGCGAUUCCGCAGGGAGGAGUACGAGGGGAACCUCCUGGAGGCCGGCCUGGAGUUGGAGCGAGACGAGGACACCAAGAUUCACGGGGUCGGAUUCAUAAAGAUCCACGCGCCCUGGAACGUGCUGUGCAGGGAGGCCGAGUUCCUGAAGCUGAAGAUGCCCACAAAGAAGCUCUACCACAUUAACGAGCCCCGGGGCCUCCUGAAGAAGAUCAGCUCCGUGCUCCAGAAAAUCACGGACCCCAUCCAGCCCAAGGUGGCCGAGCACAGACCCCAGACCACAAAGAGACUCUCCUACCCCUUCUCCCGGGAGAAGCAGCACCUAUUUGACCUGUCUGACAAGGAUUCCUUUUUCGACAGCAAAACCCGGAGCACGAUAGUCUAUGAGAUCCUGAAGAGAACAACGUGUACCAAGGCCAAGUACAGCAUGGGUAUCACGAGCCUGCUGGCCAACGGCGUUUACUCGGCUGCCUACCCCCUGCACGACGGAGACUAUGAAGGUGAAAACGUGGAUUUCAACGACAGAAAACUCCUGUACCAAGAGUGGGCGAGCUACGGGGUCUUCUAUAAAUACCAGCCCAUCGACCUGGUCAGGAAGUACUUCGGGGAGAAGAUCGGCCUGUACUUCGCCUGGCUGGGCGUCUACACCCAGAUGCUCAUCCCGGCCUCCGUGGUCGGCAUCAUCGUCUUUCUGUACGGAUGUGCCACUGUCGACGAGAACAUCCCCAGCAUGGAGAUGUGUGACCACAGACAGAACAUCACCAUGUGCCCGCUGUGCGACAAGACCUGCAGCUACUGGAAGAUGAGCUCGGCGUGCGCCACCGCCCGGGCCAGCCACCUCUUCGACAACCCCGCCACCGUCUUCUUCUCCGUCUUCAUGGCCCUCUGGGCGGCCACUUUCAUGGAGCACUGGAAGCGGAAACAGAUGCGGCUCCGGUACCACUGGGACCUCACGGGCUUCGAGGAGGAGGAGGAGGCUGUCAAGGACCAUCCCAGAGCUGAAUACGAAGCCAGAGUUUUGGAAAAGUCGCUUAGGAAAGAAUCCAAAAAAAAAGAGAAGCGCCGGUGUAUUCCAGAGGAGUCAACAAACAAAUGGAGGCAGAGGGUUAAGACCGCCAUGGCAGGGGUGAAAUUGACGGAUAAGGUGAAACUGACCUGGAGAGACCGGUUCCCAGCCUACUUCACCAACUUGGUGUCCAUUGUCUUCAUGAUCGCGGUGACCUUUGCCAUUGUCCUGGGAGUCAUCAUCUACAGGAUCUCCAUGGCCGCCGCCUUGGCCAUGAACUCCUCCCCAUCCGUGCGGUCCAACAUCCGGGUCACGGUCACAGCCACCGCGGUCAUCAUCAACCUGGUGGUCAUCAUCCUGCUGGACGAGGUCUACGGCUGCAUAGCCCGCUGGCUCACCAAGAUUGAGGUUCCAAAGACAGAGAAGAGUUUUGAGGACAGGCUGAUCUUCAAGGCUUUCCUGCUGAAGUUCGUGAAUUCCUACACCCCCAUCUUCUACGUGGCUUUCUUCAAGGGCAGGUUCGUCGGGCGUCCGGGAGACUACGUGUACAUUUUCCGUUCUUUCCGGAUGGAAGAGUGUGCCCCGGGGGGCUGCCUGAUGGAGCUCUGUAUCCAGCUCAGCAUUAUCAUGCUGGGCAAACAGCUCAUCCAGAACAAUCUGUUUGAGAUCGGCAUCCCGAAAAUGAAGAAGUUCAUCCGGUACCUGCGGCUGAGACGCCAGAGUCCCCCCGACCACGACCCGUACGUGAAGCGGAGGCAGCGCUACGAGGAGGACUACACACUGGAGCCCUUCGCGGGCCUCACGCCCGAGUAUAUGGAGAUGAUCAUCCAGUUUGGUUUUGUCACCUUAUUCGUGGCAUCCUUCCCCCUGGCCCCACUGUUCGCACUGCUGAAUAACAUCAUCGAGAUCCGCCUGGACGCCAAAAAGUUCAUCACUGAGCUGCGAAGGCCGGUGGCUGUCAGAGCCAAAGACAUUGGAAUCUGGUACAAUAUCCUCAGAGGCGUCGGGAAACUGGCUGUUAUCAUCAAUGCAUUCGUCAUCUCCUUCACGUCCGACUUCAUCCCUCGUCUGGUGUACCUCUACAUGUACAGCGAGAAUGGGACCAUGCACGGCUUCGUCAACCACACCCUCUCCUCCUUCAACGUCAGCGACUUCCAGAACGGCACGGCCCCCAAUGACCCCCUGGACCUGGGCUACGAGGUACAGAUCUGCAGGUACAAAGAUUACCGGGAGCCCCCAUGGUCAGAGCACAAGUACGACAUCUCCAAGGACUUCUGGGCCGUGCUGGCGGCCCGGCUGGCUUUCGUCAUUGUCUUCCAGAACCUGGUCAUGUUCAUGAGCGACUUCGUGGACUGGGUCAUCCCAGACAUCCCCAAGGACAUCAGCCAGCAGGUGCACAAGGAGAAGGUGCUGAUGGUGGAGCUGUUCAUGCGGGAGGAGCAGGGCAAGCAGCAGCUGCUCGACACCUGGAUGGAGAAGGACCGGAAGAAGGACGAGCCGUGCAACAACCACGGCCCCAAAGCCUGCCUGGACAGCCCCGAGUACCCUGGGGGUGCCCUGUAGCUGCCCCUGGCCUCCCGGCCACUGGGCACCCUCCCCCAGCCGGUGGAAGACCACCUUCCGAUAGGACAACAUUCUUCUGUCAUUUUCCUGUUUCUCUUCUCCUCGUUUUGCACAAAACCAUAUGCAGGGAAUUUUUUUAUCUUUAGUAUUCAAGUUUAAUCAAAAUGAUCGCUGGGGAUAGGGUGAGAACGCGCAGGAAUACGGUCGCUUUGCAGAAACAAUCCUUGGGAACCUUGGGUCUCCUUUGCCGUGGAAGGUGAGCAGAGGCCUCCAGAAAGCAUCUUUUCUAAUCUGCCCGAUGCCUUUAGAGAGAGUCGAGAUGGUGUUGCAAAGCAUUGGAUAAACAUCGUGCAGUCUUAGAGGGAGAACGGAACAACGAGGUUGACACCGGUUCCAGAAGGCUCACCUACCGCAGGUCGGAGAAGUCAGCUGGCUUUUCAUCUUCUGUUUUCCAUUAGUUCAGAAACUGAGAGACCCUCUGGCCAGAAGGAGAGGGCCUGUGAGCUCAGAAUUUACUGUUGGAGAACCUUGGGGCGCAGGUGUCCCUCGGGACAGUGGGUGGCCCGCACCGUCAGGGUCCCCACUGUCAGCCCCACACCUGCCCCUCCACCAUGAGCCAGCCUCAGAACUGGCCAUCUGCUUGGUGGGACAGAAAAAAAGAAGAAGAAAGAAAAGCAGGUGGGCAGAAAAUGAGCAGAGAGAGAGAGGACCCCAGAGGCAUUUCUAAAGACGGCUUCAGGUUCCACGAAAUCUUAAGGCAUCGGGAAAACAGUCACAGCUUUAGAAUAUUUAUUGGGAUUUUUUUUAAAAAAUCAGUUCUAGGGUGGACUUGAGGGUUUUUCUCUGUCGCUCCAAGGUGGAAGGAGUUUAUUUUAUUAGUUAACCAAAUAUCAUCGCGAGGAAUUUAAAAAACACUGUUACUACCAAAGAUUUUUAUUAAUAAAGGCUUCUAUUUUGGUAAUACUUCUCUAUAUUUUUACUUACAGGAAUGUGACUGUGGGACAGUUACCAUUUUAAAGCUUGUAAAAACGAGUCUCACAGAUGACAAGAGUGGUCUAAAUUUGCAGCCAUUAUACUAACCAAUUGUCUGAAAUUUCUCGAGCUCCAAGAGAAACCUAAAAAGAAAUGUCUCAUCGAAGGGAGGGGAGAAACAGAUGCGUUUGCCGUGAACGUGCGCUCGGCGUGAGGCCAUCCCCUCCGGCCGCCAGCCCAGACCGCCGUCCAUAGGCAUUGCUAUAGUCAUGGGGUCUGACGCUUCUAGUUUCUCUUGUACAGUAAGAAGUUGGAAGUGGGGUUUUUUGUAUAUAAAUACU